AUGAGGUGGCAUAAAACAGAGCGUGUUGAUGAUACCACCCACAUGAGACAUCCGGCAGAUUCACAGGUCUGGAAAGACUUUGAUAGGAAGCAUGCCUCAUUUGCUGAAGAUCCUCGUAAUGUCAGACUUGGUUUAGCGAGUGAUGAGUUCAACCCAUUCAAUAACAUGAGCAAGCCGUAUAGUAUUUGGCCGGUGCUACUUGUGCCUUACAACUUGCCUCCUUGGUUAUGCAUGAAGGAUCCAUACUUGAUGAUGUCUUUGUUAAUCCCUGGACCAAAGGCACCGGGAAAUGAUAUUGACGUGUUCAUGCAUCCACUAAUAGAUGAGUUGGUAGAAUUAUGGGAAGAGGGAGUUCGUACAUAUGAUGCAUACAAACGAGAAUUCUUUGUAUUGAGGGCGGCAUUGCUCUGGACUAUUAAUGACUUCCCUGCAUAUGCUAAUCUCUCCGGCUGGAGCACAAAGGGUAAGAUGGCCUGCCCUACUUGUAAUGCUGAAACAGAUUCAUUGUGGUUGGUUCAUGGCCAAAAACACUGUUAUAUGGGCCAUCGUCGUUGGUUGGAGGUAGAUCAUAGUUGGAGACGGAAAAAAAAUGCUUUUAAUGGUAAGGAGGAAAACCGUCUCCAACCUAAAUUGAUCACAGGACAUGCUUUAUUGGAACAAUUAAAUGAGGUCUCAGAUGUGCAGUUUGGUAAAUCUACUUCAAAGAAGAGGAAACGUUUGCCCAAUGAACUUAAUUGGACAAAAAGAAGUAUCUUCUUUGAGCUUCCAUACUGGUUAGACUUGGGAUUAAGACAUAACUUGGACGUCAUGCACAUUGAGAAAAACAUUUGUGAUAAUGUGUUGGGAACUUUGAUGGAUAUUGAUGGCAAAAGUAAGGACACUGCCAAUGCGCGUAGGGAUUUGGAACAUCUUGGACUAAGGAAAGAGUUACAUCUACAACAUGAUGGUGAUCGUACUUCUAUGCAGUGUGCAUGUUACGUGUUAAAUGCAACUGAGCGAAGGAGUCUUUGUGCUCGGUUGGCAGACGUCAAAUUCCCUAAUGGUUUUGCCUCAAAUAUUGCCCGGUGUGUCAACGUUAGUGACGGGAAAAUAAUGGGAAUGAAGAGCCAUGAUUGUCAUAUAUUCAUGCAAUACUUGUUGCCGGUUGUAAUUGGUGGGUUCCUACCUGCUAAUGUGCGUCGAGCCCUAAUAGAGUUGUGCUUGUUUUUCAAAGAAUUAUGUUCUCGAACACUAGAUAAAACAGUGUUGGAACGGCUUCAAAAAAAUAUCCCCAUCAUUCUCUGCAAACUGGAAAUGAUAUUCCCACCUGCAUUUUUCGAUAUCAUGGUGCACCUUGCUAUUCAUCUACUAGACGAAGCGUUGCUAGCAGGACCUGUUCAGUACAGGUGGAUGUACCCCUUUGAGAGGUAUAUGGGUAAGUUUAAGAGGUACGUUCGCAAUAGAGCUCGUCCAGAAGGAUCCAUUGCUGAAGCAUAUGUUCACGUAGAGUGCUUGACAUUUUGCUCUAUGUACCUUAAUGAUAUUGAGACUAGACAUAACCGAGAGGAAAGGAACAUUGAUGUUGGUUUAUGCUCCCAACAGCCAAGUUUAUCUGUUUUCUCCCAAAAGGUUCGCCCAUUAGGUGGGGCAAAAAUAUCUGAAUUGCCUGGUACCGUGUUGUCCAAGGCUGAGUGGUACGUGCUUAAUAAUUGCCCGGAGAUUGAGCACUAUAUAGAUGACCAUUAUAACAAGAUGAAGGAAGAGGGCUUGAGUAACUUCGAGCAUAGGCACCAAAGUCAAUUCCCAUCAUGGUUUAGAGCACGCAUUGCGGAGUUGCAUGCAAUGACUCCUCCCGAGGUGACAGAUGACAUAUAUGCAUUAGCAUGUGGACCAGAUCCACUGGUCGCAUCAUACCAUGGCUGUAUCAUGAAUGGAAUUCGGUUUCACUCGAAGAACCUCGAAACGCGUCGACUCACCCAAAACAGUGGGGUUGUUGUUUAUGGCAACCAUCAAGGUAACCCUGUUGACUACUACGGCCAGUUGACGGAGGUCAUAGAAUUACGCUACAUGGGUUGGCGUAAGUGCUUCUUGUUCAAAUGUGAUUGGUGGGACAUUGGCGACAAGAGAAGAGGGAUACAAGUUGGGGAUCAUUUCACAAGUGUCAAUACUUUGAGGCAAUGGUAUAAAGAUGAGCCUUUCGCUCUAGCCUCCCAAGCAUUGCAAGUGUUUUACAUUAAGGACCCAACUUUGGGGGGAAGUUGGCAUGCAGUACACAAGAUAUCAACUAGGAAUGUUUACAAUAUUGGGCAUAAAUCAUCAGAAUUCCAUGAUGAUGAUGAUGAUGAUUCCUCCACUGUUGACGCAGAAGACGAUAGUGACACUGAUGUUAGGAACUAUGAUCCUGUUGAUGAAAAUGAUGGAUUUCUCAAUCCAUUGACCCGGGUCGGGGAAGAGCAAUUACCAGUUGAUCCAUCAACCAUAUCUAGAUCACAAUUAUCCCCAAUAGGUGAUGAUGAGGACACUGAUAAUGAUGACGUGCAAAACAAUGAUUUUUUGGAUGGAGAACAUAGAUGA